CAGGAGCAAGCGCAGCAGCAACCCCCGCAGCGGCGGCAGCCUCAGCGCCAGGAGGCCAAGGCCAAGGCCAGGCUUUGCGCGGCUCUCGUAGUAGUAGCCGCGGCUCCGGCGGCUGCGGGGGCGCAGCUUCCUCCGACGGGGACCUUCUCCUCGGCAGCCGCGGGACCUCUCCUGCGCGCCCAGGGUCACGGUCCCCGAAGCCCGGCAGCGCGGCCCUCGUCCCUUCCCCGCCCCCGUCCGUCUCCUUCUAGCUCCCUUCAGCAGUCCUCCUCACCGCUGCCUCUGCCGUUCUUCAGGCGGCUCGGCCCGGCCAGCCCGCCCCGCGUCCCCUCCGGCCGGUGCCUCUUUCCCCCGGCGGGCUGCCUGCAUGUCUUUGCUGCCCUCAGCCCCGCCGCCACCGCCGCCACCGCCUCCCCCGCCGCCGCAGCACCAGCACCAGCCGCCCCGCCGCCGCCGCCGCCGUCGCCGCCCGGACCCCGGCGCGCUGAAUGCAGACUAAUAGGGAUGCCAAAGGAAAAAUAUGAUCCUCCAGAUCCUCGCAAAAUUUAUACCAUCAUGUCAGCAGAGGAGGUAGCCAAUGGGAAAAAAUCUCACUGGGCAGAAUUAGAAAUCUCGGGUAGAGUGCGGAGCUUAAGUACUUCACUUUGGUCAUUGACACACUUGACAGCGCUGCACCUAAAUGACAAUUACCUUAGUCGCAUUCCACCUGAUAUUGCCAAGCUUCAUAAUCUGGUUUACCUGGAUCUGUCAUCCAAUAAACUCAGAAGUUUACCAGCAGAACUAGGAAACAUGGUGUCUCUCAGGGAAUUGCUUUUAAAUAACAAUCUGUUACGGGUUUUGCCUUAUGAACUUGGUCGGCUCUUCCAGCUACAAACUCUAGGUUUGAAAGGCAAUCCUUUAUCACAGGAUAUACUCAAUUUAUACCAGGACCCAGAUGGAACCCGAAAGCUACUGAACUUUAUGCUUGACAAUCUUGCAGUUCAUCCAGAGCAGCUUCCUCCGAGGCCAUGGAUUACAUUAAAAGAACGAGACCAAAUUCUGCCAUCAGCAUCAUUCACGGUUAUGUGUUACAAUGUGUUAUGUGAUAAAUACGCUACCCGGCAGCUAUAUGGCUAUUGCCCAUCCUGGGCAUUAAACUGGGAAUACAGGAAAAAGGGAAUUAUGGAAGAAAUUGUUAACUGUGACGCAGAUAUCAUUAGUCUUCAGGAAGUGGAAACAGAGCAAUACUUCACUCUCUUUCUGCCAGCAUUGAAGGAGCGUGGAUAUGAUGGGUUUUUUUCUCCAAAGUCACGUGCCAAAAUCAUGUCUGAGCAGGAGAGAAAGCAUGUGGAUGGUUGUGCAAUAUUCUUCAAAACAGAAAAAUUUACAUUGGUGCAGAAGCAUACAGUGGAAUUUAACCAAGUGGCAAUGGCUAAUUCAGAUGGAUCCGAAGCUAUGCUGAACAGAGUGAUGACAAAGGAUAAUAUUGGUGUUGCUGUGGUAUUAGAGGUCCACAAAGAACUAUUUGGAGCAGGUAUGAAGCCUAUUCAUGCUGCAGACAAACAGCUGCUUAUAGUGGCAAAUGCCCACAUGCAUUGGGACCCAGAGUAUUCUGAUGUGAAACUCAUCCAGACCAUGAUGUUUGUCUCAGAGGUUAAAAACAUUCUGGAGAAAGCCUCUAGUAGGCCUGGCAGCCCAACUGCAGAUCCUAAUUCCAUCCCGCUGGUGCUAUGUGCAGAUCUUAACUCAUUGCCAGAUUCAGGUGUUGUGGAAUAUUUAAGUAAUGGAGGAGUAGCUGACAACCAUAAAGACUUCAAGGAACUAAGGUACAAUGAGUGUCUUAUGAACUUCAGCUGCAAUGGAAAGAAUGGAAGCUCAGAAGGGAGAAUCACACAUGGCUUCCAACUGAAGAGCGCCUAUGAAAAUAACUUGAUGCCUUAUACCAAUUACACCUUUGAUUUCAAAGGCGUGAUUGACUACAUUUUCUAUUCCAAGACUCAUAUGAACGUGCUUGGUGUCCUGGGGCCUUUAGAUCCUCAAUGGCUGGUUGAGAACAACAUCACUGGGUGUCCACACCCACACAUCCCUUCAGACCACUUCUCACUGUUAACACAACUUGAACUCCACCCUCCACUCCUGCCUCUUGUCAAUGGUGUUCACUUGCCUAAUCGGAGGUAGUGGAGUACUGCCCCGCGAAGACGGGGACCUGUUGCUAUGGACCUGUACAGUUGUAAAUCAAAGUAUGUAGGAGUGAAGUAUGGCCGCUUCUUCAGGUUCCUUUCAUUAUGUGUUUGCUAUAAGAUUUUGUACAUUUUUGUGCAUAUUGGUAUCAUUUGGCACUAGGGCUGGAACCAAAGUAUUACUCUCUUUCCAAAUUUUAAAUUUAUAAUAUGUUUUUAAAUUGGACCUUCUUCAUAUUGUAUUAGGAGUCAGCAUUCAUAACUGAUAAAUCACCAAUUCCAGGCCCAACAACAGUGUUUUUGUUUUUCCAAAAACAAAUGUUUUCAUUUCAAUUGUUUCAAAUGACCCAACCAUUUUUGUAAAAGGCAAUUUUUAAAAAGUAUGUAAGAUUUUAAACUUGAUGGUAUGCCUUACAGGGAAAACUUUCUUGAAUUUCUGUUUUCCAUUAUAACAACUGAUCUUUGGCUCCCAAAGCUAUUUGCACAUUAACAAAGCACUUAAAUUUACUCGAUCUGUACACAAACUAUUAUAUAGCCUCUAGCCAUAAUAAGAGAAAUUGAAAAAUUAAAGAUGGUUGCACAAUAUGCUUUCAGAAUCAGUUAAUAGCACAUGAUACUUUGUUGGGCAAGCACUUGUUGGUUUUUUGUUUAUUUUGUUUUUUAAGGAAUCACUCUGAAUUUUGUUCUCCUGUAUGUUUUAGCCUUAUUGAAAAUAUUAAUUCUAAGCCUGUCUCUCCAGUUGAUUAAUAGGGAAACAGCAGGUAAUUUUUACUGCCACACAUCUUGCAAAUAGAAUUUGGUAUAUUUAGGAGACCCACAAAUUAGAGUCCAGUAUUUUUCAUUAUUCCCAACUACCUUUUUCUGCCUGGUUGUGCUGGAGAAAUAUACUGUAUGAUCUGUGUCAUUUUUGCUGUUACAGUCAAAUGUUAAAGAAACAACAACAACUACACAAUGAAGAGUCCCUGAUCAAAGUUUUAGAAGGGAAAGCUAUUCAGAUAUUCCAUGUGUUUCCCAAAGUAGGUCAAGUGGCUGUUGGUUUUGGCUUUUUGAGGUGACAAUAGAAAGGAUUUGGGGGGAGAGAGGACAGGGAAUAGUUGAAAACCUUGGAUCAUUUUUCCUGACUCUAGUUGCCAAAUGGCCAUUAUAUGCUUUAAAUCUUUGUUUUCAUUGUCUGUCAGGGUUGAAUUAAGAAGCUACUGGUUUAUUCCCAACUGUUGAUGCUGUUUAGAUAUGUUGGAAUCUUUUUUUUUUUCUUUUUUUUGCCCCAGGGGCCAGUUAAAAAUCUGUGACUCGAGGCAGUGAUGAUAAUACAGUUUUGUGGGGGAAAAAUUGGUUGGCUACUUGAUGUUAAUUAUGGCACAAGUAACAGGAAAAGGUUGUGUCUGUGUUUUUAAGUUUUUCUUUAUUCUGCUUUUUUGCUGCUAUAAGAGUUUUCUGAAAUUUAUAUUUUAACUUUUCAUGCACUUUACUGUUUCUAGUCUCAAAAUGUGAUAUUUUUAAUAAACAAGAAAUUUUCCAUUAUGUGAAUGAAAUUUUAAAAGAAAAUAGCCUAUAUUUGUGUCUCACUAAUAUAUAAAGUACAAGUCAAAUUUAAAUUAUUUAAUUAGUUUUAAAUAUAUACAAUUUGUCUCCUCUUUCAAACCUGACAUCUUAGGCUGUUUUGGUAGUCUUAAAUGAUGCUUUUCCUUUGGUCAUUUUAUACUAAUUUCUCCCAUAGUAAAUUAAUCAGGCUAUAUAAUAUAUUUCCCUAAAGGGUAAUUUUACUGGGAUGAGGGUGGUGGGAUGAUGUAAUAUCAUAUAUGGGAUCGCAUCAGAAGGUUUCUGUAAAGCCUAAACUCCCUUUUAAAAGUGCCUAGUGAUGAGGCAUUGUUUGUCAUCUAUUAUAAUUGGAAUGUCAUUGUAGUUGAGUGAAGUUUGAUGUAAAUAAAAUAUUCUUUUAAAAAUGUUAAAGUACCAGAAUAAGCAAACACACAAAGAGACAACCCUUAAGAUGACAGAUUUUCCUCAAUGUGCAGGUAUCCCUUCUUAUAUACCUCAACCAUUCAACACCUAGCCAUGCAAAUUGAUUACCUGAAGCAUAGUACUGGAAAGUAGAAUAGCAUGAAAAACUUAAUUUUGUGGACAUUACCUUUUUUUGUAAUCAGCUACUGUAUGUUUUAUUUUAAAUCUUUUGUUUUCGGUGGGUUUUCUGCUCUGGAGGUAUAUGCACUAACAAAACAUUUUCCUCCUUUCAUAUAUGCAUGUUAAUUAGUAACGUGAGCAAUAUUUCCUACCAUACUUCACUCCCAAUAUUUUUUGAGAUGUUUGUAUAAAAUGGAAUUUAAAGUUCACUUAUGAUUGUAUAUGAACCACAGAGGAGCCCAUUUAUUAAUAAAAACUUUUUUAAUAGUUAAAUGUAGAGGGAAAAAUAAAAAAAAAUUGGGAAACAUUGUAAACAGCUUAAGUUUAUUUUGUGUAUGAUCGAGGCACUCUGUUGCAGGAAGGUGUGUAAUUGGGUUCUCUCUGCUUCCAAAUGCACUCUUUCAGACCAUUCAUUAUCCUGUGUAUUUUUAAUGUGGUUUUAGUAAAUGUUGGCAGUAGCUCUGUUGAAGUAGGUAAUUGUGUUAUGUUUUGGGUGGCACACAUACUUGGGGCAUGGUGACCCAAAUUUCAUGUGCACGGUUUCCCUUUAGCCCACUGCCCAAAUUUCACACACCCUUCACCCUUUGUUCCCUUUGUAAAAGGAGUGGUAUCUGUUUUGAGCUGACAAUUCAGAUGAUCAGAAAUGCUGCUCUCCUCAGUAUUGUCUUGUUAAAAACCAUGCCAUUUGGAACUUCGGCAGUCAGAAGCCAAAAGGAAGAGGUGAAUGACAUAUGGUAUAUAUUCAACGAGAAUAAAAUAUUUAUGCUCAUAUACUUUCUAGUUCUCAGAAUAAGUUAAUAAGCUUUAUGCCAUGGGGCUGCUGCAUAUUUUAUCUGAAGAUAAAAUUUGGGCAUUUUUAGAUUGUGGUUUAAUGUGUUUUGUUAACUGUUAAAUAUGAUUUCUGAUAUUUAUCUAAGAACUGGAGUGUUCUUUAAAUUUACUAAAACAGUGUUGUUUGAGGAAGGAAAAACUGCACUGUUUGCCAUUACAACAGUCAUGCAAGUGCAUGUCGUCACCUACUCUCUCAGGCAUCAGUUUCCACCUCAUAGCUUUACACCUUGUGAUGGGGAAUAUUGCAGCAUCCUCAGGACUGACAUCUGGGAAAGGCUCAGAUCCACUUACUGCUCCUUGCUUGUUGACUUUGUUUUAAAAUAUUGUGCCUGGUGUCAACUUUUAAGCAACAGCACUGCCUAAAAGCAAGCAGAGAACAGAAUCCCAGCACCAUUCUGUAGGCAACUUUUUAGAAUUCAGAUAUAGUAAAUCUGUUCAAGAUUUAUGAUGUUUUAUGUAAAAAAAAAUUUUUGUACAACGUAGCUAAAUAUUUUUGUUUCAUUUCUUUGAUGUAAGGCGUGUGAACGAUUGUUUGAAUAUCACAUGUUAAAGUCAGGUAUGGCACAAUGGGUUCUGAGACCAGCUUUCCCCUCCCAUUUGCCUUGUUCCAAGUUCUUUGUUUUCAAAUUACUUUUCUGAUAUUCAUAGGCAAAUAUUUAAUUUUACUAAUAAGCAUCCUGUGUGAAUGUAUUGAAGGAACCAUUGUGUUUUAGUGUUGUAGUUUGCAGAAAUAUAAAGCUUCAUUUCUAAUUUGUCCCUUUU